AAGGAUAAAGCGCCGACCUUUAAUGCAGUUGUGGCUUUAUAUAGACAUUUUAAGCGACAGAAACGACGUAUCGAAUAAUAAAUAGAUAUAGAACAUUCUCGGCCUGUGUUAUAUGGGAAUGAAUUUUUCAGUUUUUAUUUGGAUUUGAAGGUGACAUGAACGAUCAUUUAAGUGUAGCAUUACAAAUUAAGUACUCAGGAAAUUGUGUUGGACAUAUACAGUAUAGUGAUAUCAUAUUGGCUAAGAUCUCAUCUCGUUUUAAGCUGUGGUAAAGGGCGAGUUUAAAGUGAAGGACACUUUGUUGUUUAGUGUUGUUGUGAACGAUCGGUGAAACAGGAAGUAGUUUAGAUACACAACAGAACACUAUAGUUACGUGGAAACGAGGAGAUAUUGGAUUUUCUGUGUUCCAUAUAUAGCGUGGCAGUAUGAAUGUUAGCUUCGUAUUCAAUACAAGCCAUUGAUUUCACUACGAAGGUGAUCGAUAGACGUCGUUCAAAAUCUCCGACGUUGUAAUUGCGAGAAACGACCAUCUUAAGUUCAGAACUUAUCAUCAAGAUAAUACAAAAGAUAAAAAACACACAGAGGCGACAAGAUUAUUCGACCACAGUACGCCAUCGAGAACAACAUGCUGUUCUAAGAAACUAGCUCUAAUUCAUCCUUCAAGUUUAAGACAUGACCAUUUUUAUCAAUUCUGAAAGGUUUCUUGAAAUUUGUCACCUUAUCAGCUGGAGUUCCAAGAAGAAAACAUUAUACCCAUGGGCGUAGAGUUGAACAUCACCCGAACGUACGUUACUCCAGCUAUGAAGAAAGCCCAUUUGCGGAAGUGGCGGAAGGAGUCACGCCGCGGCUGUACGCCCCACGGAUGCUCCGAGAGUGUUCGUCCCACGGAUUAUCACCCAAGCACGAACGGCUACAAAUAUGUUCUUAAUCUCAUUCCAAUUUCGCCCGCCCACGGUGGAGAAUCUGAACAAACGCAAACCUCAAACAUGGAUCUCGGCGCUGGCUCGCUUGACCUUACCGUACGCGGCCCUAACAGAGACCUCCCUUCCGGUUUGUCGCCGUCAGCUGGUGACGUCAGCCGUCCACGUCCGUGUUUUGGCAUCGACAAGCCAUUCUUUCCAGCACCAAGCAUCGUCCUUAAUAUCACCGGAAGUGAGGAUGCGGGGGACACGGGUACGUGCCUUGACCUCAGUAAAAGUGGACCGAACGCCGCCUUAAACGGAAGUAGCUAUAUGCACUAUAGUGGCGGUACGUUGGGACGCAAUAGCGGCUACGUCCCGAAUGGUUUUAUGCCCGGCUUCCAGUUGCCGAGGAUCAAACUGCAGCCAGGGCUCGGAAUUGAUCAAAGCGUCAAAGUUGAGGCUAGAACAGACUUGAAUCAUAAUGAUAGUGUACCGAUGGAUAGUUCUAAUAACAUUCCCCCAUUUGCCAAGUCUUUCGCUCAUUAUCCAGACCAGGAAAUGAGCAAUGGAAUAAACGGUGUGAAUGGACUAUCAUAUGCGAAUGGAAUUCCCACAGAGCAUGGUUGUGACGUAGAAACAGGUGCGCAAUCACGUGUCACUGUAGAGGAGUGUCACGCGGAGGAUUUCAGUAGGAUUCCUCUAACUGUGACGUCACAGGAUGACGACAUCGAUAGCGGUACGGAGAGUAUAGACUCUAAAGAUUCGGACUCGAGUAUAAGACUUAGUGUGGGUGGAGAAAGUACAGAAAACAAUAAGGAAAAAUCCGAUAGAAAGAGGCCGGGUCGCAAGAAAGGGCAAGUAUCCAAGGUUUACCAUCUCUGGGAGUUUAUUCGUGACGUAUUGAACGACCCUCGAUACAGCGGAAACGUUAUCAAAUGGGAGAACGAGGAGGAGGGCAUUUUCCGCGUCGUCCAAUCAGAAACAGCCGCUAGCAUGUGGGGGGCAAAGAAAAACAAUCGAACAAAAAUGACAUACGAAAAAAUGAGCCGCUCAAUCAGGUAUUCAAGGAAAGAGGGUUACUUUGAUGACCUCCCAAAAGACAAAGGCUAUCCAAAGAAACUUUGCUUCAAGUUUGGAAAGAAAGCCAUGGGCUGGAACAACAAGAACCCCAGUGACCGACUGUGAAGGCGUAGACAACAUUCAGAUGUUGGCUCCCUAUUUAUGCAAACUGCUGACGUUUGAGAAGUUGGUUUAUGGAGUGUAGUUGUUUUGCAGGAGGUUAAACUCAUGUGACAAACGUACGGAAAAGCCAAGUGUCACUUGUUUGCAAUUCUAUUUUGUUUUGCAAAAACACGAAGUGCAGUAACAGAUGUGAUGAUAAGCUGAGUUGCAAUUGUUCGGAACGCUCUUUGUUUUGCAAAAAUACGAAGUGCUGUAACAAAUGCAAUGAUUAUGUGCUUUGAAUGGGGAUGCUUAGAAUCAUUUCUAUGAUCUCUAGUGGAAGGAAAACGGAGUGUGAUCGAUCAAACUUGAAUUUACGGAGUGUUAUGAUAAUUGCACGUGUAAUGACAAUAUGGCCAUACAAAUGUGUAAAUACAUGUAAGACAUGAACAUAUAUGCACAUGUUAAUAUUGAAGAUUUGAAAUUCUCAUCACAUUCCAAAAUUCAUCGGCACAAAGACAUUUUGAUAAAAUUCUAUUUUGGAUGUAGUAUACGGGGCAUUAUAAUUAUAUCUUCUACUCUGAACAAUAUGUGUUUUGUAGAAUGAUAGAAACAUAAAAAGCUUUAUAUCUUUGUAAUACUGACCUUAAAAAAUUGUUUAUAGAUUCUAGAUAAAUAUUUUUAUGUUUUUUAAUGCUUUAAAAGCCUUAUAAAAGAUACAUGAUUAUGUCUGUGUAUAUAUUUUUAGGGGUGUAUUUUGUUUUGCACAAGUUCGAAUUGCUGUAUCGAAUGUACUGAAAAGCCAAGUGUUAUAUAUAAUUAUGUGAAAAAAACACAUAUUGUAUGAAUUAAUAAUUCGUAAAGGUAAUGAAUGUAAUUGUAAAUCAAUCUACUGUGAUAAAACCAGCGAGCUAUACUACAUAAUACGUUUGGGAGAAAAAGUAAUGAAAACAUGAAAUGAUAUUUAAUAAUUAUACAUGUUGAUAUUUUUUAAUAAGGACAAUACGUAACAUGUCGCUGUGUAAGAUAUUUAUUUUGCUCAGUUUUAAAACCAUUUAUAACCGGUGUCUAAAUGCAUAUUUGCUUUGAGAUAUUUUGAUGCAUCGAGGCGGCAGUAUCAGUCCGAGAUAGUGACAUAAUUACAUACUCCUAAACGGUGUUCAACUAUUGCCCAAUACACCUUAUUAUUCAAGUUACAAAACAAAUGGAUACAGACAUGUACCUGCACAUGUCCAGAAGGACUAUUAAACAUACACUAGCACCGUUUGUGUAUAAGGGUCGGUAUUCACAAAACAUCUUAAGCCUCUUUCUAACUUACGUCAAUUUCUGGUUAUAUAAUAUAAUGACCAAAUAAUAUAUGAAUAUACAUACUUUCAUUUCAUAAACACUUAUAAUUUAUUUUGAAUAUGACUUCAAACAUUAAAGGUAAUCGACUAAAUUUAAGAAACAACUUUAUUUUCAUAACUUCAUAACGUAAUAUACAUACUUCUAUGUUAAAAACAUUUCUUUUAAUUUGACUAUGAAAUAUUACGAAAUCCAAUAAAAGUUAAUAAAUGACUUAAGAUGUUUCAUAAAUACCGCCAAGGCUUUUCAGGCAAGUGAUGAAGCGGUCCUCGAUACCUUCUUACUGGUAUAAAGUUUUAUAAUGAAAUUUACCAUCUCUGAUUUAUACUGCUAUCUAUGACACUGUGAGGCUUUUAACUAUAUUUUUAUAUUCAAAAUGUCACAUCAACAAAAUAGAUGUCAACGGGAUUUUUACUAUCAUAACUUGCUGUGCUUAGACUUAAAUAUUAAAAUGUCUGUUAAAUGUAUUUUUUUGUAAAGAUCUCACAUUUUAAAGGGGUUAUUGUAUGUCAUAAACUUUGUUAUUUCAUAUAGAUUUUUGCUUGAGAGUUAAGGGCUAAUGCAUAUGAAUUUGUGUAUGUUAAAUUUGGCUACAUCCACGAGUGCAAUCAAUUUGUUAAUUUCAUUAAUGCAUUAUUUGUAAAUAGCAAACACAAAUGUAUCUGGAAUUUCGCGAAUUCAUUAAAAUGCAGUCUUUAAGGUUUAUACCUCUUGCUACAAGCAUAAUAGCGCUUGAAGCUUGAAUACUUCAUGAUCCAAGCAUAGUAGCAUAUAUAUAUAUACCACAAAAAUCAAGCAUAGUAGCAUUUGAAUUUAUACACCACAUUACCUAAACAUAGUAGCACUUAAAGCUUAUAUACCACAAUAUCCAAGCAUUGUAGCACUUAAAUUAUAUAUACCACACUAUCAAUAAAAAGUGGCAUUUAAAGACUAGGUUAUACUCUCCAGAACUUAAGGGAAUCUUAUAAUCUGAUUCAACAGUUAUACUUUCCUCUUAUUUAAACAAAAUACUUCUUUCUUUGUGAAACCGGGCUCAGUACCACAAUAUCUAAGCAUAGUAGCACUUCAAGCUCAUAUACAACUGGAUCCAAGCAUAGUAGCACUUCAAGCUCAUAUACCACAAGAUCCAAGCAUAGUAGCACUUCAAGCUCGUAUACCACAAGAUCCAAGCAUAGUAGCACUUCAAGCUCGUAUAGCACAAGAUCCAAGCAUAGUAGCACUUCAAGCUCGUAUAGCACAAGAUCCAAGCAUAGUAGCACUUAAAGCUCAUAUACCACAAGAUCCAAGCAUAGUAGCACUUCAAGCUCGUAUAGCACAAGAUCCAAGCAUAGUAGCACUUAAAGCUCAUAUACCACAAGAUCCAAGCAUAGUAGCACUUUAAGCUCGUAUAGCACAAGAUCCAAGCAUAGUAGCACUUAAAGCUCAUAUACCACAAGAUCCAAGCACAGUAGCACUUCAAGCUCGUAUAGCACAAGAUCCAAGCAUAGUAGCACUUUAAGCUCGUAUAGCACAAGAUCCAAGCAUAGUAGCACUUAAGUUAUAUAUAACAACAGUUAUACUUCCCUCUUAUUUAAACAAAAUACUUGUUUCUUUGUGAAACCGGGCUAAGUACUUAGAUUUUUUAAUUAAUCCUUAAGUCAUAUAUCUAUGUUAAUCUUUUUAGCAAUAUGAGAUGGAUUCUUGUUCUGUUUCAUUAAUAGUUGAAGUUAAAAAUGUAAUAUAAUUAAAUUAUUUAUGGGAGUACUAUAAUAUCCCGUCUUAUUUAUUUCUGUAGACAGGUCUUAGAUUUACACAUAAAGUACACAUAUGAUUAAAAAUGAAAUUAUCGACAAUUAAUUGGUUUUACUAUAACGAAACAUAAUAAAAUUGAUUAUAUGUUAACUCCUUUUUUGUGUAAUAUGUGCAUAAUUAACAUACAUAUUAACACUACAAUCGGAUCGGAUUAUAUAUUUUUUACUUGAAAUAUGUUUUCGUUUAAGACUUUGUGAAACUAGGUGCAGAACCAGCUUUUAUUAAACCAUUUUGCUUAUUUUGUCAUGAAGAUGUAUUAUAUGUUGCAAAUUCAACCCCGAAAACCGAUUCCAUAGAUUUUGUCCUAUGCAUAAAUGUGCCUUAGAACUAUGCAUGAUUAUGUAUGUUAAUUAUUGUCAUUCUGUGAUAAUAUUUGUAGUUAUGUUUUUUGUUGUUUUCCGAAAGUUGAAGUGUUCUACAUUAUGUCCUGGACAUGUUAAUUAAAUGUAAAGUUGUUAUGCAAAUACAAAUAAGGAUUGUGUUAUUAUCGGUUAAGAAAACACCCACUUAACUUAAGUUUUGAAAAACUGGCUUGUUUAAGUGUUUUUCAAUUGUAUACAUAUUAUGAAUACCUUCCCCUAAUCAGUUUUAUCUCCUCUUAAGUAAUGCAAAAUGUUUUGGCCUAGAUAGUAAGUCAUUUGAAACUUUGACUGUUUGGUUUAGCGAUUCAGACGACAGUAUCUAAGCGGAGUAGUUAUACACUUUUAAAGGAGCUUUACUAAGGUUAAGAUUAAAUUAAGAAACGAAGAAUACACAAACGGAAUACUGAAAUUGCAGGGGCGGAUCAAGGAAUUGACAUUAGGCGGGGCGUAACUUUGGGACGCAACCUUUUAACAUGCGCCCCUCCCUCGGAACCGAAAGUACAUGGCAUAAAUUGUUUGCAUGUGGAUUUAGGGAUACUCCCUCAAGGAAAACUUAGCAAUUUGUAUUAUGAGCGUAUUUCAUUACCUUUUCCCUCCCAUAUGGAUAGAAAAAGGAAAUUUCGACGAUUAUAGAGUGGGCUCGCGCCGGGUGCGACCCUCAAAAACCGCUUGUGAACUGUGCAAAUAAACAACUUUCCCGGCUCUUUAACAAUCGUAGGAAUAGCAAGUUUUAAAGAUGUUGUAAUUCUGAGAAUAGUCACAUGCUUUGAAGAAGUAUCCCCCUGUAUCAUUGUCACGUUUAUGUUUCAAAUAACUGAAGUAAACCACGUGACGUCAUCGAAAGAUUUGACGUUAUUUUAGAAAAAAAAAAUCAGAAUAAUCAAAAUUUUACAUUUUCUUUUUUUCUGCUAGUAUAUUGAAAAAUUAUAAAUAAAUAUAUAGAAAUAUAUUUAUUUUCACCGACAACGAAUCUGAUAAACAUAUUUUAUACAUGAUAUGGCAAACCUUAUUUUGUAUUAACAAUACUGAACUGUAGUAUUUUGCUAAAAGUUUAUGCAAAUGCAUUAAAAAAAAGCUACGCGGUUCUGAAAAGACCUUAUUUAGUAUAAAGCUAUUGAAAUUCGUUUUUUUUUAAUAUAAAGAUAACAUUUGUCAUAAACCAUGAUAAACGUCCUUUCAAUUUUGAAACUACUGUACCAAUGGUUAAAUCAGUAAAUUCGGCGUACUACCUUUAACAUAUUUAUGAAGUUUAAGUAGGACGCAGUUAAGUCGGUUUUCCAUCUGACUUCCGUUUAGAGAUAAAUUCAUCGAAUCGAUAUCCCAAUUCAUGGAAACCGUCAAACACGGCAGUGUAUCGUUUAUAGAAUGUAAACUUGGUUGAGGUUAUGCGGUUAGUUCAUUGCUAUUUGAAUAGCGAUCUAUUUUUUUGUAUGAAAACUUUGGUUGUCCCCGACUUUUAUCAUAUUUAUUGUGUUUCUUUGUUAUUUUUUUUUAGUGCUUUUAACCUUUAUAUAUA